AUGUCUGCAUUUACAUCAACAGAAACGCUCAAAAACGAUCAAACCCCAGGGAGUUCUGUCACUUCAACGCCUGUCUCGUCACCUCUCAGUGAAAAGAAACUUACAAUACCGUCACUGUCCUCGGACACGAUCAAUAUUGAAAGCCAGACUGAGCAACUACCUCCAUACCAUGUUUUCACUCGAGCCCGCAAGUUGCAGAUGGUCUGCAUCGUCUCCAUGGCCGCCAUUUUCUCCCCUCUGUCCUCCAAUAUUUACUUCCCUGCGCUGAACGAGGUGUCAAAAGACUUGAAUAUUUCUAUGUCACUGGCGACUUUGACCAUCACUGUAUUUAUGAUUGUGCAAGGACUGGCUCCGAGCUUCUGGGGCUCCAUCUCUGAUGUGAUUGGACGCCGCGUUAUUUUUAUUGGGACGUUUGUUGUCUAUAUUAUUGCAAACAUUUGUCUGGGUCUCUCGACAAACUAUGGAGAGCUUAUGGCUUUCCGUGCAUUGCAGGCUGCUGGUAGCUCAGCGACAAUAUCCAUUGGGGCUGGAGUGAUCGGUGACAUUACCACCUCUGCAGAGAGAGGCAGUUUGGUUGGGAUAUUUGGUGGUGUUCGCAUGUUGGGACAGAGUAUUGGUCCAGUAUUUGGCGGGAUCUUGUCCGAAUACCUUGGAUUCAGAUCCAUAUUCUGGGCUUUGGUUAUUCUGUCCGGAAUAAGCCUUUUGUCAAUUCUCUUCUUCCUUCCAGAAACACUUCGCACCGUCGCCGGCAAUGGAAGUGUCCGUCUCCAUGGACACAGCAAACCAUUCAUCUAUUAUCUCACAGGACAGAAAGAGACGCAGGCAGAUGCAGUACCAGAGAAAAAGAAAUCCAAAGUCAGCUUUCACACAAUUCUGGCUCCUCUCGCUUUCCUUACUGAGAAGGAUGUCUUUAUUACAUUAUUCUUUGGCAGCAUUGUGUAUACCGUGUGGUCCAUGGUCACCUCCUCGACGUCAGCACUCUUUCAGUCAGUAUAUGGACUCAGUACCUUGGAGAUUGGCCUAACAUUCCUGGGAAACGGGUUUGGAUGCAUGUCUGGAUCAUACACAAUUGGCUAUCUGAUGGAUUAUAACCACAGAAAAACAGAGCGUGAAUACUGUCACCGACAUAGCCUUCCUCUCGACACACGCAUCACUACCAAGACACACCCAGACUUUCCAAUUGAACACGCUCGCAUGCGCAACACUUGGUGGAUCACUGCCCUGUUUAUCACCUGCACGGCAGUAUAUGGGGUGUCACUUAAGAUGCCUCUUGCUUUGCCGAUCAUCCUUCAAUACCUCAUUGCUUACUGCGCCACGGCCAUUUUCACCAUCAAUAGCGCUCUGGUUAUUGAUCUGUACCCUGGAGCUAGUGCUAGCGCAACGGCCGUCAACAAUCUGAUACGCUGCUUAAUCGGUGCUGCGGGUGUGGCAGUUAUUCAGCCUAUUAUCGAUGCUAUCACUGCCACCUGGACAUUCCUGCUGCUUGCUGGAAUUACAUUCCACAUGGUUCCUUUGCUGAUGAUUGAAAUGAGAUGGGGAGCUGGUUGGCGACUUGAAAGGAUGGAGCGGUUGAAGAAGAAAGAAGGGUCUUGCUGA